AUGGAUUUAUGUACGCUUUUCUCGAUGUUAAGUUUGCUGGCUUCUCUAGCAGUUGCUCCCGGUACAUCUGCAUUGCAGAAUAUGGCGAAAUCAAGAACUGUUUUCCGAGCUAUUCCCUCACGUUACACUAGAGAGGUAAGUGAAGAGUUUUCAACACUUGCUUUAGUGGCAGAGCACUUAAGUCAAUCAAGUCAGAAAUCAGAUUCUACGGAUGUCGCCUCAUCUUUAGAUGGAGAAAACCAGUCAUUGGAAUCUCAAUCUGAUGUGAAAGAAGUUAAACAAGAGGAGAAAGAUCUUAUAUACAUGAAACUCAAAGCAUUGGCUCUUAAAGAUCAUAUUAGCAAUGAACAUAAGGCUGAUGCAGAUGAUACUGUUAUAUCAAACGGUAUGCCGAUCAAGGAAAACGAUUGUCCAAAGGAACUCGUGAUAGGUGUUGUAACAAAUCCGUCUGUGAUCAAUGAUAUUUCCUUGAAGGAAAAAGGAUAUCAAGGAGAACUGUUGGGUGUAGAAGAUAAUUGUGAACAGACUCCUAGUGCAUCAUCUGAGUAUCAGUCCCUUAUAACUCGGUUAAUUCAAGAGGUGGAAGAGCUAAAGACUUUUAAAACAGAACAUACUCAUAAAGUGGGCCUUUUUGAACAGAAGCUGAGAUUUACACUUGCUGCAGUAGAACUCAAUGGUGUGAUUUAUGCUACUGGCGGAUUUGAUGGGAAUGAUUAUUUGAAGUAUGCUCUUGGCGGUUACGAUGGAAAUACAAUGGUUACAAGUGUAGAAAUUUUCGAUCCACGAAUUGGAUCAUGGAUGCCUGGGGAAUCUUUGAACUACUCUAGAGGGUAUUCAGUUGCUGCUGUUGUUGUCAAUGACACUGUCUACGUGAUUGGAGGAGUGAAAGAUGGUAAGUAA